AUGAGGCGAUUCCACGAGCUCAUUGAUAGAAUCAAGAUAAAUGGGGUCCCAGCCGAUGCCAUCCAGCUGAGGUACUUUCCAUUCACUUUGAAAGGGAAGGCCAAGGAGUGGCUGGACACCAGGCCCCCUGGAUCCAUCACCACAUUCGCCAACCUGGCGGACAAGUUCCUCACUCGCUACCAUCCUCCGUCCAAGACAAAGGACCUGCAGAAGCAAAUUACUCACUUUGCUAAUGAUGAUGAUGAGACCAUCUGGGAUGCUUGGGAGAGAUACACCAGUCUCUUCCUCAAGUGUCCCAACCAUGGUUUUACCGACGCCUUCAAGGUGGGCACCUUCUACCAUGCCCUCUUCCCGAAAGACAAGCAGCUGAUUGACUCGGUAUGUGGCGGGAAUAUGCUCACCAAAACACUGCCACAGCUGAAUCAACUUUUUGAAGAGAUGGCAGAGCAGGGCUAUGACUGGGGAACUACGAGGAGAUCAAUACGAGCACCAGGGCAGGGUGUGCAUGUUGUAGCCACCCAGUCAUCUGAUUUGGUGCAGGUGGUAUCAAAACUGGUUUCAACCAUCGAUCGCUCUGGGAUGAUUUCAGGUACAGGACAACAGCAGGCGAUGCACUGCCAGUGGUGUGAGAGCUCCCAUCACACCGUGGAGGACUGUCAGGCGAUGAGGGAGUCGUCUACCCCCCAGGAGCAGACCACCAGUCCCCUAGGGACCACCAGGCUACCAGAGGCCUCCUUACCAGCCCAGACAAGGGCAAUUUCAGCAGCCGCAACAGCCUCUCUACCCGCCCAGACAGGGGCCAGUUCCACCUCAGUCACAAGUGCGGCCAUUUCAUCAUACAGGGGCAGCACCUGCAACCCAAUACAGAGUGACCCGGUGGCGGAAUUGCGAGAUCUGGUGGGUUCUCUGGCCACCCCCAGUGCAAACAAGUUCAAUAACAUCGAGCAGUUCAUGGAGAAAGCUUCAGGUAAAUUCUUGGAGCUAGAAGCUGGUCAGAGAAACACACAGGUUGUGCUACGGGAUAAUACAGACCCAACUUGGGAGUGUUGCCCAGGCUGUAGCUCAGAGGACUCCUGGUACUCUACCCAGUCAGACCAUCCCUCAUCCACAGGACCCAAAUGA